UUCCAUGUCCUGAAACUUCAUAAUCUGAUUGAUUGUCUGGUUUUUCCUCCUGGGAUUUAUACGUUUUCCUGUACCCUUCACGCUCAUUCCGUAGAUUCUCUGUAUCUAGCUUCGAUAAACUUGGGUUUCGGCUGGAUAGAUCUCUCUCGUCGUUGCGUUGCGUGGGGAAUCAUAUCUACAUCUCUUGUUCAGAUGCUUCGGUUAUCUUCUCUGGUGAAUCGUUUUGAUGUACUGUAUGGUGUGUAUAGUUUAAGGUUCUUGUUUAUGGUGUUCGUGGUGGCGGCUUUGGUCUGUUCUGUGCAAGCUGUAAGAACGUUAACAAAGGUUUGUUCUGUUGUAAGGAUUGUGGGUAUACUGUUCUAGAAACCAGGUUUAGCUUCUGUUAGCACUUGCCUUAGGAGUUUCAAUGCGAGAGAUGGUGUAUUGUCUUGAUGAUGGUUUAAGUUCUCGGACUUUGUGUUCUUGUUUUCUUGUCAAGCCUUUUGCAUGAUCAAGAUUUUGAGGGUUAGUGAUGGUUCAGAUGGUAAAGCUGUGUUUGGUAAAGUUUUGGGUCAUUUGUUAUUUGGAUUACGUAUAAGAAACCGAGGUUUUGGAUUUCAUUUUCAGGAAUGGCAACAAAAGUGCAAUGUGAAAACUUAUUGUCCGGAUAUCACUUUAUGAGGGAUCUGAACGAAGAUUCCAGUGGAUGUAGCUGGACGUUUCACUACGUUGAUGACAAAACCUCAGGGAAUAAUGGUCAGUCCUGCAAUGGUUUCCCGUCGAGGAAUAUGGCAGAUCCAUGUUUCGGGUACGAGAAAGAUGUUAUGAGAAGGACAAUGCUCGAGCACGAGGCUGUGUUUAGAAGUCAGGUGUGUCAACUUCACCGCCUGUACAGAACUCAGAGGGACAUUAUGAAUGAGUUGAAGAGGAAAGAGUCGAGUAGAGACCGGGUUCCUGUUGAGGCAUCGUUUUCAUUGACCCCCUUACUGUCUCAAGUUACUUACGAUGAUGCCCGGAAAUGGAAAAUGCCUGAUUUCCCAGUUUAUGAUAGACCAUCCAUGUCGGUGGUUGAGGAUAAUGGUAUUGGUCACUCCCCAAUUAGUUCGAGGAAAGGAAGCAAUUCUCAAGUUGGUUCGAGGGAUGUUGAAUUAUUGGAGGUUAGACCAGUGAAAGUUAGGAAAAAGAUGAUAGAUCUUCAUCUUCCGGCUGAUGAGUACAUCGACACUGAAGAAACCAUUGAGUUUAAAGGUAACAGAACUGGUGGUAUACCAGGUCAUCUUCCUAAUGGAGAUGUGAAAACCGAAUUUCCGGGAGAUUCUUUGAGAAUGAGUGCUGAUUUUAGGCGCAGCAAUGGUUUGGCUGACUUGAAUGAACCGGUUAAGGCUCAAGAACCAAAUGGAUUUGCAUGCGGAUAUUUUGAAGGCCAAGAUCUCUGCGAUGGAAGGAAGAUACUAUCGAUAAGUUCGACAAAGGAACAUCUAUCCACCAUCUCUCUACGUUCAGACAAGUAUGAGAGUCAGAAAGUUUGGCCAUCUCGAUCUUUAGGACCCGGUCAUUAUUCCAGCAUCCAUAAGUCCAUUCCUCCAUUUCUUCAACCGGGGAAAGCACUGGAUGUGGAUUCAGCCCACAAUUCCCGAGAAGUUAUGGGGUUUCCUCACUCGGGCCCAAGAAAUGUCGAGAGUUGGAGAGAGAGAACGUUUAUUGAUCUAGAAGCUGAUACAAGUAGUCAUGAACUCAUCCAUAAAGAUCGCUUGGAAUCAAGCGUGGCUUCUAAUGCAUAUCAUAGCUUGCAACCCUGUAAUCCUCCAUCGAACCAUUUCUGUUCAUCUCGGGGAAAUCCUAGUUUUGGCUUCCCUCGGAAAGCUGCAUCGGCUCAGAUGCUUCCGUUCCAAAACUUCUCUGACACGAUGAGUGGUGAUGAUCAGAAACAGGGGUUUCUCAUGGACAGAUUACAGUCUGAUGGAAAUUCUAGAUUUAACACGGGGUCUGGGAAUAGUAGCUGGUUAAACCAGAACGGGUUUUACCACGAGUCCUCUGCUCCCAAAGAAAAUCAGUUGAACUUUCCGGGUAUAGACUGUAACUAUUUGAACAGGAGAAGUGAUUUCAGCCCAGCAAACGUAUGUCGGGAUUCAGAUGACUCAGAGAUGAAGAAAGAAGGAUAUCCAGCAACUUUACCGUGGCUAAGUUCCAAACCUGCCUGUAAGAGCGAGAUAGUCGAUAGGCAGCGGGAUCCUAAGACCGGUGGUAUUCCGAAUUCGUUGGCACUCGAAGAUGACCCGAGAAACAAACUUCAGAAUCAUGUUUGUUCCGAGAGUUUGAAAUCUGAUCCUUGUUCCAAUCACUCGGGAACUAAGAAGAUAGAUGCUAGUGAUUCCUCCGCUAAUAGAAAAAUUCUCGGGCGUCCCAUUCUUGAUGAACCUUGUAGUUAUGGAGAUCGAUUGAAUGCAGGAAAAGGUAAGGGGCAUAACGUUAGGAUGAUGCUGGACAUCAACAUUCCGGCUUCUCUCUCAGAUCACGAAGAUUGGAAAACAGAGGAUCAAACCGGGACAAAGAUUUCUUCUGGUUUUAGGUUUUUUCAGAUUGACUUGAAUGUUUCUGUCAGCGAUGAUGAUCACGGCUCAAGAUUGGAUGCGAAAGUACCCGUGAUAGAUCUGGAAGCACCUCCUGUUCCUGAAUCUGAUGAAGAUGUAUGGGAGGAGAAUUCAUCGGUGAAACCACCCGAGGAAACUCAGAAACAACAGGAAGAUCUCGAGAAAAUGGCAGCAGACACAAUAGUUUCUUUCUCUUUAGCUUGUGAUCUCAGAGAUACAGAAAAUGAGGUGGUUGCUUGUCAUGAUUCUUCAUUAGAAGCUUUUGAAAACAUCCUGCAAUGGUUUGCAGAGACGAUACACGCUCAUGGAGAGAGGAAUCUUGACCAAAAGCUCGAUACGUCAUCAUCUUCCACUGGAGAGGUUGAUUACUUUGAGUUAAUGACAUUGAAGCUACCCGAGGUAACGGAAGACGAGUACAUGCCCAAGCCAUCGGUUCCUGAAGAUCUCGAACUCGUGGAACCGUCAAGACCAGCUUCGAUUACGGGCCAAAGACCUAGGAGAGGAAACACGAGGAGGGGAAGGCAGCGUCUGGAUUUCCAAAGGGACAUUCUCCCGGGACUAACGUCUCUAUCGAGGCACGAAGUAACGGAGGAUAUCCAGACGUUCGAUGGCUUCAUGAGAGCAAUGGGAAUCACAUGGACAUCCAGUUUGGCAAGGCGGAAAACGGGCUCGACCCGAGGAAGGAAAAGGCUCGUAGCAGCAGCCAAUCCUCCAUCGCUACCUCCUACCCGAAACCCGUCUACCUCCUCCAUUCAACAACAUCUGACCAACAAUAAUAACAGCAGCAAUGGCAAUAUGGAGACGGGUUUGGAAGAUCGAAGCCUCGGGGGAUGGGGGAAGAUGACGAGAAGGCCGAGAAGACAGCGAUGUUGUGCUGGCAACCGUUCGUACAGGACGUUCGCUUGAUAAAUACAUCGAUACCGAUACUGAUUCUUUUUUCGAACGAUGAAUCAUGGUAGAGAAGGUGAAGAUGGAUAUUGUUGAUGUACUUUACUCUCUUUUUUUUCCUUAUCCUUUUGUUCAGUAACUCUGAUCCUCGUUUUUACUAUUUGUUGUUACCUUUGGGGGUCGAGGCUGCUGCUUUUUCUCAACUUCUAUGGGUAUGGUAAUUCAAAUGAA